AUGGAUUCUUUAUCAUUAUUAGAUGAAUUAGAACAUGACUUGACAUCUCUAAUUCUGGAAUCUAAAAAAAAGAACAUAUGUGUAAAGGAAAAAACCGAAAUCUGCAUUGUAAAAAUAAAGAAUUAUAAUAGCAUAUUGGAAUAUAAGGGGAAUCAAUUAUUAUGUGAUUUUGAAUUUCCAUUAAAUGAUAUAUUAGAAAUAAUUAAUAUAUGUAUGAAUAUAAAUAGCUAUAAAAUAAAUAAUAUUUGUUUAUCAGUUAUACAAAAGAUUGUUCUUUAUAUAUUAUGCUUAAUUGAUAAUAAAGAAUUAAUUAAUAAAUUUGAUGAAAUAAAUAUUGAAAAGCAUAUAGAAAUAAUUACAAAUAAAUUAUUUGAUUUAACGUUUCUUGAAGAUAGGAAAAUAUUAAUUAAAAUAUUACAAAUCAUUUUAACAGCUUUUUCAUCUAAAUAUAUUGAAUAUUAUAACAAAGAUAAUAUUAAUACCAUUUUGAAAAUAUUAUAUUCUAUAUAUUAUUCCUCUCUUUAUGAUAAAAACCUUAUUCUAUAUCAAACAUGUUGUGCUGCAUAUGAACAACUUCUUAACUCACUUAUUGAUGUAUGUAAUAAAGAAGGUUUUAUGAAUAUGGAUGACUCUAGUAAUAUAAACCUCUCUGAAGGUACAGAUGAUAAUCUUAAGAAGAAGAAAAAGAAAAAGAGAAAAAAGAAAAAGAAAGAAAGCAGAGAAAUUAUGAUAGUAAAUGAAGAAGAGAAAAAUGGGAUUAGUAAAACUGAAUAUAUGGAAAACAAUAAUGUUAAUAAUAACAUAAAUGAGGAAUAUAAUAAUAAUGAUAAUAAUAGAAGAACUGAUGUGAAUAAAUAUACGAAUGAUCAAAAUAGUGUUCAGUAUUAUUUUGAAAAUUUUGUUUUACCAUAUAAUACAAAUGAUCAGAUAGAUUUAAUAUAUAUAAACAAUAUGGACAAUAACAAAAAUAUGAAAAAUAAAAAUAAACUACUAUCAUUAAUUCAUUACUUAUGUUAUUGUUGUUUUGUUAAUAUUCGAUCGAAAUAUAAUACCGAAAGGAUUAAUGAUGUGGAGAAUAGAAAAUCAAGGGAAGAGGAAUAUAAUAAUAAUGAUGACUAUAAGGAGGAAGAAAAUUGUGAAGAGUUGAAUAAAAUAAAUAACAAAAAUAAUGAGCAUAACAAUAAUGGUGAUAUGAAGGAGGACAUAAAUAAUAAUAUGAAUUAUAAACACAAUAAUGAUAAUAAUUAUAUGAUUAACAAUAUUGUAGAUAAUGGAAAAGACUAUGGAAUAAAAAAUCGCUUAUCCGAUGUUUCAAAAUGUUCAUCCUGUUCAAAUACAAAAAAUGAAGAAUAUAAUAAAAACUUCCAAGGGAGUAAUAAUAUCAAUUCUUUUUUAAUAGAAGAAAAGACAAAUGUAGUUAAUAAAGAUGAAUAUAAUAAAAGUAAUAUUUCUAAAAAUGAAGAUAUUAAUAAUAUGAAUAAUAUGUAUAAUGUGAAAAAUUCAAAUAUUAAAAAGUUUUUUAAAAUUUUGAAAAGUAGUAAUUCAAAAAACUCAAGUAAUGAUAAUGUUAGUAAUAUAAAAUAUAAUGAAACAUUUCAUGCUGAUUCUUCAGAAUUAAAAACAGAUAUCUUAUCAAGUUAUAAUAAGAAUAAUUUAAUUUUACCUUUUAAUUUUUGUUUAGAUUUAUUAUAUAUAUUUUUAAAUAAUUAUGAAUAUUUUUUAGACAAUUUUGAAUUUUUCAAAUUAUUAAAAUUUGAAGUUAUAUAUAUAAUUUUAAUAUCAUUAAAAUAUGAUUUAGAUAUUGAUGUUUUUUAUAGAUGUUUAAAAAUUCUUAAAAUUAUUUGUAAUAAAUAUUUUGUAUAUUUCUUAGCAGAAAUACAAUAUCUUCUUGAUGUAUUACAGAAGUAUUUAUGUUUAGUCAAGCCAUUUUCAAAACUAUAUAUUGUAUUAAAUUUCUUUUUUUAUUUGUUUGAUAAUACAAGUACCUUUUUUUAUUUAUAUAAAUAUUUUUACUACUACAAAAAUGCUAAUAAUAAAUGUCGAAGUAAACAUGAAGUCGAUAUAAAAGAAAAACAUAUUCCUUCUUCUUAUGAUUGUAAUGAAAUGGAAAAUGUUAAAAAACAAGUAUCAAAUGAAAAAAAUAAAGAUUCAGAAAAUAUUAUAUUCCCUAUUAAUAUAAAGAAUAAAAUUUCAAAUAAUGUUUUGGAUACAAUUGACAAUACGAAUAAUAGUGUGAACAAAAUGGAGGACCUAUAUAAUAACGAAGAAAAUAAAAAACUAUUUAAUAAUGAAGACAAAAUUGAAAAUGAUGCAAAUAAUUUAAAUCACAAAAACCAAUAUAAUGAUAAUAAUGAUUUUAUUUUUACAAGAAUUGUUGAAUAUAUCAGUAAAAUAAUACAUGAGCUUUUGUUCUUACAUACUAUAGAUAUUACAAAAAUGUAUCCGUACCUUAAGGUAAUAAAAUAUGAUAGAAUAUAUACAACUGAAACGAGGUUUGAUGAUAUAAUAAAUAAAUUGAAGGAAAAUAAUAUUAAUAUUAAUAAUAAUAAAAAUAAUAAUAAUAAUAAUAGUAAUAUGAAUGAUAAGAAGGAAACCCCAAAAAAGAUAAUAAUACAGGAAAAAAUUCAAACACCUAUAUUGAAUAAUGAAGAAGAAAAGGAUUAUAAAGAAAUAGAUGAAAAAAAAAAAAAAUAUAUAUAUUUACAUAAUAUGAAUUCUUUUAAAGAUGAAAAACAAUUAUCCUUUUGUAAUUUUUUAAGUUACCCUAUUAUAUUACCAAAUGCAAUUGUAAAUCCAAAAGAAGAUUUUUAUUUAAGUAAAUUUUCUACAGAAAAAUUCAUGUGUAAAAUUUUAUUUGAUGAUUUAUUAUAUAAAGAUGUGGAUGAAAUACGAUUAUUAGCAUCUUCUGUUGAUAGUAUAUUAUCUCUAGUUAAUUCCUUUUAUAUAAUAUUUUUAAACAUAUUAAAAAAAGAUAACAAUCCAUAUUGUUUUUCAACAGUAGAUAUGAAUGAUGAAAGAAUAAAACAUCAUCUGGAAAAUUUUCAUAUGGAAAGAACUAAUGUAAUGAAUAGUAAUAUUAUAAAUAACAUUGAUAAUUCUAAUAAUGUUAAUCAACUGAAAAUUUAUAAUAAUGACAAUUAUAAUAAUAAUAAAUAUAGUAUAUACAAUUUAAAGAAUGAAAAAGGACAUGAUAAAUAUACAACUAAUAUGAAGGAUAUAUAUGAAAUUCAUGCAAAAAAAGAGACAUCCAAUUUUUAUUAUUCAAUACAUCAAAAGAUACAAUAUUAUAAUCAUAACGAUUAUGUUAAAAAUGGAUUUAUAGACUAUUCAAAGAUAGAAGAUAAAAGCAAGGAUAUAUAUCAAGAUAAUAAUAAUACAAGUCGUACAGACCAUAAUGAUGAAUAUAAUAUAAGCGUAAAAAAAAAAGAAUUUGAAAACUCAUAUAAUAUAUUAUAUAACCAAGUAAAUAUAAAUCUUAAUGAAGAUAAGUCUCUUUUUUUUUAUGUAUUUAAUUCCACAUGUAGAUUUAUUAUAUCAUGUAUUUGUUUAAUAUUUUCUUAUACUAAUACAUUAGAUGUUUGUUUUUUUAAUGGUUUCCAAAAAUUAAUAUUCAUUAGUUCUAAUCUAAAUGUAAAUAUAUGUACAGAUGCCUGUUUAAAAACAUUAACCAAAUGUAGUAGUAUAUUUACCUUAGAAAAUUCUCCUUUUUUUCUAAAUAUUCUUAAAAAUUUUGAGAAACAAGAAAACAAAAAUGAAAAUAAUAUUAAAGCAAAGAAAAACAAAUCAGGAAGUAAAACUGGAGCUUAUAAAAUGACUAGUGUUCAAGCGAGUAAUACAAAUAAGGGGGUAUCACCUAUAAAAAGGGAAUUAUAUAUAGAUGAUAUUUAUGAAAAUAUGGAUAAAAAUAUUUUGCCAUGCAAUAAUAUAUCUAUCACACAUAUGAAUAAUGUGAAUAAUAAAAAUUUUGAUACAUGUGAAGAUAUGAGUAAUACUAAUAAUUAUAAAGAUAAUAACUUUAAUGAUAGAGAAGAACUGAUAAAAUGUGUUAAUACAAUAGUUCUUAAUAAGAAAAAGAAAAAAAAAAUGCCCUCGAAAAAUAAUGAACAUAAUGAUUUAUCAUAUGAAAGCAAUGAGGAACAAGAAUCUAAUACUUUUAAUAGGAAUGAUAUGAAUAUGGAUGAAAGUAAAUUAAAUGAUUCAAAUAUAAAACAUAAUAAUAAAAUGAAUGGUGUGAAAGAUAUAAAUGUUGAUAAAUAUAAUGUUAAUCAUAGUAUUGAAUCAUGUGAUUCCUUAGAAAAAGAAACUGUGAUUAAUAAUAAUGAAUCAAAUAAAGAAAUGUUAACUUAUUAUAACAUAAAUAAUAUGACUAAUGAUAAUAUAAAUAAUUUAAAAGAGAAUUUUUCCAAACGAUUAAGUGUUGAAAGUAUCGAAUUGAAUUUCCUUACUUAUAAAAGAACAUUAAAUGAUGAUUUAUUAAAAUAUUUUGAUGAUAUAAUUAGUGUAAUAUUACAAGAAUCUUAUUAUAUAAAUAAUGAUUUAAAUAAUAUAAAAUAUAUUUUAUCAAUAAAAGCUGUUAUUAGUAUAUAUUAUAUAUAUGGUGAUUAUUUACAUUUUGAUGAUUGGUUAAAAUUAAUAAAUUUAUUUGUCGAAAUUAAUUAUAUAUAUAAAUAUAUAGCUUCUAUAGAAAAUAAAACAAUUCAAUUUUUAAAUUUUUUUCAUCAUAUAAAUAAAAAUGAAGAAGAUAUUUCUUUUCCUAUUGACAAAUAUGAUUCAUCUGAUGUUGAUAGAAAUAAUAAUUCACAAAAAGUUGAUUCUAAGAGUAUAGAAUUUUGUUAUUUUAUAUUGCGAUUUAUUCAAAAGAAUCCAGUUUUAUGUGCAGAAAUAACUGUUAUUUUUUCUUCCUUUGAUUAUUUUUUUAAAAAUACUAUUUUUUAUAACAUUUCAACAUUAAUUAAUAUAAUUAAUUCUAUACAUUAUAUGAUAUUUAAUCAAUUCUUUAAGGAGAAGAGAUUAGGUUGUAAGAAAUCUAAUAAAUUAUUAAAUAAAGAAGAAUUUAUUUGUAUGGAUAAAAAAAAUAAUUCUGCAUUGAAUCAUGAAAAUGUUUUUGUGAUUAAUGACUAUAAGGGAUGUAUUGUAGAGAAUAAUUAUUCUAUAAAUGAUCCUAAUAAUAAUAAUGAGAAAACAAAAAGGGUAUUGGUUGAUUCUAUUAAAGUUGAUGAAAAUAUGUGGAAUGAAGUAAAUCAGAAAAAAAACGUAAUUAACAAAUAUUUUAAUUUUUUAUAUAAAAGUAAAGAUAUUUUUGAAAUAUUUUAUUUUUAUUUAUCUCAUUUUGAACCAAUAUAUAAGUCAUACUUCCAAUAUUAUAGUGAUAUAUUUUUUAUAAAAAAGAAGAAAAAAAAUAAAAAUAAUAAUACUUAUCCGAAUGACGAUUCUAAUAAUAAUGAUCAUGUGAAUGUUAAUGAAGCGGUUGAUACAUGUAUAAAUGAAAGAGAUCAAAUGAAUCAUUCAUAUAUUUAUUUAAAGAAUGAUAAAUAUAUUGUACUUAAAAAAUUAGAAGAAUCUUGUAUUUUUGAAGAUUUUUAUCCUUUAUAUAUAUUAGAAACAUUGUGCGUUAUAAACAUAAAUAAGAUAAGAUAUAUUUAUAACAAUUGCUGUAUUGAUAUAUUAUUAUUAUCUUUAUGUAAAAAUAAUGAUAUUCAAAAGAAAAGUAUAGAUACAUUAUAUAACAUAAUAAAGGAGUCAGUUGUAUAUUAUAAAUCUAAUUUUGAAAUACAAUUUCUUUUGUUUAAACCUUUCUUCUUUUUUAUUGUAAAUCCGUAUAUAUCUUAUCGUUCAUAUUUUAUGACGUCCUUUUUAAAUUUCAUUAGAAAAAAUGGUUCGUUUUUUUAUAAAGACAUGUGGUUGUUUGUUAUAUAUCUUUUAUAUGUAUCUUUACAAAAAGAAUUAAAAAAAAAAAAUUUAAAACAAAAAAGUCAUAUUUGGAAAGAGGAAAUAAAUGAAGAAAUGAAAAGAAAAGAUGAUACCAUUAAAGCGGACAAUAUUAGAGAGUAUAAAAAUUAUAAAGACAAAUCAAAAUUGAAUGAUAAAAAUGAAAUUGAUGAAGAAAAUAUAUCUAUUAUUAAUAACAUUUUUAAUAUUUUAGAAAUUAUUAUUGUAGACUAUAUUGAAGAUGUGCCAGUAUGUGAAAUAAUGGAAAUAAUAAUUCACAUGCUCAUGCUAUUUUCUUCUUUAAAUAUUUUGAGUAAUAAUAUAUCUUUUCGAGCUAUUAAUUUUUCUUGGACUAUUGUAGAUUAUAUUAUAGAUCGUUCGAAUUUAAUUAAUAAAAAUAUAAAUAAUGAUAAUAAAAAAGAUAUACAAACAAAUGGAAAUAAUAAAAAUAUGGUUUUAGAAAAGAAAUUAUUACACAUAUGUGUUAUAGAAAAUAAAAAAAUGUAUAUAUAUGAAAAUAAAAUAAAAAUGAAAAAUAUAAAAAUGAAAAAUUUUUUUAUAUUCAUUUUAUAUAAUUUAAUGAAACUAUGUUUGGAUGAAAGAAUAGAAGUACGAAAUUGUAGUAUCAAAACUAUUAUGAGUAUAUUAUCUGCACAUAUUUAUAAAUUUGAUUUUUUCUUUUAUAAAACUUCUAUUUGUUUAUUACUUAAAAGAUUAACACUUACUUAUUUUUAUAAAUUACAGGAAUAUUUUAAAUUGGAAAAAAAACAGGAUAUACAAAAUCAUAAUGUAAAUAUUAUCCCCCAUGAGGAGUUAACAACAAUUUGUGAAAACAAUAUGAGAAAUAAUAAUAUGGGUAUAUCACCAUGUGAUGUAUUGAAUAAUAAUAAAAAAGAUAUAAUAUUAAAUGAACCUUUAAUAAAAGAUUAUAUUCAUCAUGAUAUCAACAAUAAUAAUAAUAAUAAUAUUAAUAGUAAAAAUUAUAUUUCAACUCAUGAAAAUGUUUCAAAAAAUGUAUCUGAAAAAAAUGAAGAUGAUAACAUAACAUUGGUCUAUACAAAUAGUAUGAAAAAAUAUAUCAGUAGUAAUAUAAAAGACCAAUUUAAAAAUAGCUUUUUAAAUAUAUGUUAUGGAGAAAAUAUGUAUGAUGUCGUGAAAAAAAAGAAAGAAAAAAAAAAUGAAAAAAAAAAAGAAAAAAAGAAACUUUUAGAAGAUAUUGAUAUGAACAUAAAUAUAUUUAAUAAUAAUAAUAAUAAUAAUAAUAAUUUAUUAGAGGAUGAUGAAAAGAAUUGUGAUUUAUACGAUUAUGUAAAUGAAAAUUUUAAUAAAAUUAUUAUUCACCAUUCAAGAGAUAGUAAAUUGAAACAGUGGAUAGAAAGUUUUAUUUUAAUUAUUGAAGGUUGUAAUCGAAUAUUAUUAGAUCAAGAUAAUUAUAAGAAGUUUCAUUAUUUUUAUGAUAUAUUUAUAAAAAUAUUGAAAACUGUAUUAUUUAUUGAAUAUAAUAAUAAAAAUAUGUUUGAAUUACAUAUUUCUAUUAUUCAAAUAUUAAAUAAUAUAUUCAUGUCUAAAUUAAAUUAUUUUGGAUCCUCCUAUUUUAAAAUGAAGAAUUAUAUUACACUUAACAAAUGUAAUAAAUAUUAUGUAAAUAUAUUUGAUAAAAGCUUUUUUUAUAUAUAUAAAUAUGCGCCCUCAAUUAUUGAUCAGAAAAUAAAAGAUUUUAUAUUAAAAAUUAUUAUAGACAAUCUUAAAACUAUAACGAGUGAUAAAUGGAUAUUUUAUCAUUCUAUUAUUUAUUUUCAUAUGUUUCAUUUUUUAUUUCCAUAUACAGAUGUGAAUAUAGAAAACGAAUAUCAUCAAAACAAAAAAGAAAAAAAGCAUGAAAAAAAUUACUCUUUUUUAAAUUAUUAUUCGAUAGUUAAUAAAUUAUAUUUUGAUUAUUUUAUAAGUACAUCUGAUUAUUUGAAUGAGAAUAUGAUAGGAGGAAAAAUGACAAAUAUGGAUAAUAAAAAAAAUAAUAAUAAUAUUAAUAUUAAUAAUAAUAAUAAUAAUAGUUACAGUUGUAAUAACCAUUCUAGUAGUGACCUUAUUUUAAAUGAAGAUAUAAAAUUAGAGAAGGACGCGUCAUGUAUAACUCAUCAUAAUAUGGAAAUAAAAAAAAAUAUAAGUCUUACUAAUUCAACAGAUGAAUAUGAAAAACCUUUAUUUACAAAAAAUGCCUUUACAUUUGAUUACAAAACAGAAGAUUCUAGUAAGGAUCCAUUAAAUAUUUAUAACAUUCUAGAAAAUAACAAAGAUAUUUAUAAUAUAAAGUAUAAUAUAUUAUCUGAAAAUUUUAUAAAAAAAAAUAUAUAUGAAAUAUAUUUGAAUAAUAAUAAUAUGAUAACUUCAGAUCUGUUCAAAAUAUCCAUGUAUAUUUUUGAAACAUUAGAAUAUGAUGAUAUAAAUUUGUUAAUAAAUGAAGAACUUUUAAAUAGCUUAAAAUUAUUGAAAUAUCAUUUUUUUUAUGAUGAAGAAAAGAUGGUUAUAUAUAAAAAUUUAAUAGAUUUCUUUUUUAAUGAUAAUAUAUUGUUAAAUGAGAAUAAUGACGAAAUAUUAGAUAAAAUAGAAUUGAAUGAUACAUAUAACAAACAAGAAAUUGAUAUAAAUGAUUAUCAAGAUAAAAAACAAGAAUAUAAAGAAUGUAAUAGAUUAUUUACCUUAAAUUAUAAAAAAUUAUAUCCUUUAAAUAAUUAUGUAGAAGGUUUUCAAAUUUUUCAGAUAGCUUUUUUUAAUCAUUUUAUUCCAUGUUAUAUAUUUUUUAUACAUAAUAAAUUUAAUUUAUAUCCAAAUUAUCAACUUAAUUCAAUGUACUCUAUAAUUUUAUGUAAUAUGAUAAAACAAGAAUAUUACACAGUAUAUUAUCAUGAUCAAGAUCUUCUAGUAUCAUUUUUAAAUAUGUUCCCAUAUAUUCUAGCUACUCAUUUGAAAUGUUUUCUUUAUAACCUUAAAAAUAAUUCUUGUUUUGUAUUUUAUGAAAGUAUAAUUAUCUUAUUAAAAAUUACAUAUCAAAUGGUUUUGAAUUCGAAAAAAAUCACCAAAAAGAAUUUAUAUAAAUAUUGGUAUUCAGUCAUAUUCGCAGUUGAAAAGAUCCUCUUUGUUAACUGCAGCAAUGAUAAAAUUGAUAUGUUAGAUAUAAUGCUCAUAAAAUUUAUUAGGAAUAAUUAUUUAUCAGAAAAUUCAGUGACACCUUGGUUUAUAAAAAUAUACUUGACGAAAAUUAUAAGUGAACUUUAUGAUAAAAAAAGAAGAGCCUUUUCAAGUUGGACACUACAAAUUUUAUUUGAGGAGUAUGAAAAAAUGUCAAAAAAUAAUAAUAGUUAUCCUUACUAUACUACUUUUAUUACAAUACUUUUGUUGAAAAAAUGUGUAUUGACUCUGAAGAGUUUUUCUAGUCAGAAUAACAAGGAAAACACUAGUGAUGAAAUUAUUUUUAUAUUAUACGAAAUGAAGAAAUUGAAAUGUUCUUAUUCUUUUAUUAAUAUGGAUAGUUCUGCAAUAUUAAAAUCAUCAGAUGAAAAAGCCCACCUUUUUAUAUGCUAUCCAUAUCUAUUAGAUUGCUUAAAUACAGAAAAUAAAAAUGUUUUCACGACAGUUAAAGAACUAUUGAAACUUAUAUCCUAUCCAUUACGGCUUCAAUAA